GACAUGCGUCAACACUCUUCUUCUGUGGUUUGUUGUUAUUGUGACUUCCCUAGCUUGUGAGCUAAUGCUAACAGCACAGGAACUGGACUCUGUUAAACCUGUUAAACCUCCUCUCGAGGUCGUUCCUGUUCAUAUAAAACAGUUAUCUCUAACAUGUCUACUCCGCUGCUCCUCAGGGCGUUUGUAAACGAGCGGCUCACAGCUGCUGCAGACCAGAUAUUUCAGGUUUUUGAAGGAACGAUAAUAAAAUAUGAAGAAGAAGCUUCGAGCUGCCAGCAGGAGAUCCAGCGGCUCAGAGCGCUGCUGCUGGACGCGGUGGCAAACCACGAAACAGACUUUUCUCAGUCGUCCAUCUGUAAAGAGGAAACUCCCUCUGAGCAGGGCCACUGUGAGCAGGAGCUGAGCGUCUGUCAGAGGGACCCAGAGCAUCGACACAUUAAAGAGGAAGCUCAUGAACUCUGGGCCGGUCAGCAACAAGAAGAAGAAGAACAACAACACGAGUUUGAGGAUGCUGAUGGCUCAUACCUACCUCAUUCAUCUGGCUGGGAGAACAGUGUGCAGGGGGACACAAAACCGCCUCAGACAAACGGUGAAAGUGAGGAGCAGUUUCAGGAGGAAACUACAACUGUACAGUUCGUGCUACCACUCGCCUCAACUCCCUCUUCACAAACUCUGAUCCAAAAUGAAAGGGUCCAAGAUGGCAGGGAAAACGAAAGACCUGCUGCAAGUAUAACGUUGAACCAAACACAGACAGACCAAAGUCAGAGUUCCUUCAUCACUUCCAGAGAAUCCACUGACUUAUCUCAUUUGAAUUCAGUUGCACCGAACUAUCGUUGCUAUUUGUGCGAUGAACUUUUUUCCUCCAAUCAGCACUUGACAAAUCAUGCUUUUCGCAUGCAUUCGAAAGACGCAGAUGUCCUCUGCGCUGUGUGUGGAAAGACCUUGGAGUCCACCAAAAGCCUUAACAUGCACCUUCAAACACACUGGGGCUCAAAGUGUUGUCACGUGUGUGGCAAACAGUGCAACAGCACCACGGCUCUGACGGAACACAUGGCCGGCCACGCCGGGGUGAAACUGCAUCGCUGUCAUGUUUGCGGGAAAGAGUGCAGCCGGAAGGGAGAUUUAAAGAUACACAUGAGGAUCCACACGGGCGAGAAGCCUUUCUGUUGCUCUUACUGUGAGAAAAGUUUCACCCACAGCGGACAUCUGAGGAAGCACAUGAGAAGCCACACGGGAGAGAGACCGCACCGGUGUCCCAUCUGCGGCAGAGGGUUUCUACAGAGCGCACACCUGAAAUACCACUUAGGGACUCACGCUCAGAAAUACUGACUUUUCCAUCCACCUGCGCCCGUGUUCAUCAAACAGUUCUUUUCUAAGUGUGAGCACUAUAAGAGACAUUUAUCAAGCGACUUACUUCUCCUUACAGCAAAGUGUGAAAGUAACAUUUAAGAGCAGCUCUCAAGUCAAGAUUCAAUAAUUCAAUGCCACAUGAACCACAGUUGAUUAGGAUAACAUGAUUAAUCAGAGCAUGAACAGCCAAUCAGAGACAAUGAAAAAGUAAAAUGUGUUUGUGUAAAAUCCUUAAAGGGACUAUUUGUAAGAAUCAGAAAUUACUUGUUUACAGCGACACCUAUGGCCGUUAAGUCAACGAAAGUCAGCGUCCUGUUGCUGGCGCUUGUGCUCGCUCUACAUAGACAUGAACGAGCAUCGGUCAAAACAGUGAGGUGACACACGUCAGCUAAAACCACAAUAUCACUC